CGUCCAACAGGUUUUGAGACAACGUAUCGUAGAGAAAGCAACUCUUUUGUGUCUUGAAGUUUUCAUCUAAAACGUCAUGUAUGUGUAAAAAUCAAAGGAUUACGACACCGGAGGACACCUGUGAGAAGGUUCCGUGCAGUUUUUGCCGCAAUGGCUGUCUCCUUGAGGUGGAUUUGUGUGCUCAGCUUUCUGCAGUGGGCCAACUGCUCUGUCACCUUCAGGCACACUUCAGGGGCUUCACUGUUCCUGGAGGAAGAGUCCGCCAAGGCUUUCCUGUCCCGCUCAUUGCUUUACAACAGCUGGGACUUUGAGUUGGUGGUGCCUGACAACCUGGAGAGAGAAUGUCGAGAGGAGAUUUGCACGUUCGAAGAAGCCAGAGAAAUCUUCGAGGACAACGCUCAAACGCAAGCAUUUUGGGAAGACUACAUCCAAGCCCACGAAUUUGCGCCCAGAGUGGACACGUCAGGGCUGGUCGCAGGGAUCCUUGCACUAGUUGUGUGCGCUGUCAUCGCCACUGUGCUGGGCAUCUACUGCUACAUGUCCAAGAAGCGAGGUGGGAGGAGACCCGUGCAAAUGCCACAAGAUGGACGUCAAGGCCCGGAAAUGGUGCCCCUGGCAACCAUCCCAGGUUUGCCCAGCUACAGCGAGGCCCUGCACCGCAGUGGGAUGCACGAUGCCCCGCCGCCGCCUUAUUCAGGGGGGGCGCCAUCGGAACCUGCAGACCCAGGAGACAACCAGUGAGAAGCUUCCAGCCAGCUGCUUCAAUGUGGUUGAAGCUUCUUCUCAGUGAACUUUGAACUUUGCAUUGUGUGUUUUUUGUAUUUAUGGGCGGAGUUAAGAGGUAACUCAGAAAGGAUGAGGUACAUAUUGACUGUGUGCAGGUGAGGGUGUGGUUUCGUAAUUGCACUGUCCGUCAAUGUUAGAUAAACGCGGUAGUCACAAUAAAUCCUUUUUUUUUUUUUUUCUUUUCACUUUUUUCAGCAAGUACCACCAUAAUGACCAACAGUAAAAUCCAGUAGCUUGGUAGGCCUAAGUAUCCGUUUAAAAACCAGGCGGAGGUUUUAUUUAACGGGUAUAUUACACAUUUUUGGCCUCUGUCACAUUAUCAAUCAAUCAAUCAAUCAAUCAAUGUUUACUUAUAUAGCCCUAAAUGACAAGUGUCUCAAAGGGCUGCACAAGCCACAACGACAUCCUCGGCUCAGAUCCCACAUCAGGGCAAGAAAAAAACUCAAUGGGAUAACAAUGAAAAACCUUGGAGGGAUCUAACAUAAUAGUGAGAGUCCAGUCCAUACUGGAUCUAACAGA